CUUGCGUGCACUAAUUAAUGAACUGCGCAUGUGUCACCCCAUUGAUUGUUUCCUCUUCUUCUUCAAUGUUGCCGAUUUGUGAAUUCCGUCACAAUGUUAGGAAAAUUUGUUAUCCACACUAUUUCAAAUUAAUUGUUUUUCGACUUUUUAACAAUUUUAUUUACUCGUACACUAUUUAUUCCAUACACAAUAUUAUUAUUUAUAUAAGGUAAAACUUUUUAAAAUUUGGCCAAAUUUUCUAUGGCAAAUAGGGAUGAAACCACAAUAUAUUUGACAACGUCCCGUUUGGAUUGGAUCAUUUCCGAGUUUCCGUCUCUGUCGACGUUUCAGAAUGACAACAAACGUCUGAAUCUUGAUUUUAUUGCAAAAACAUGGAAUUAUUCAGAACGAACGAGUUUUACAUAUUCGUUAACGGCGAAUACAGUUUGUGGUGGGAUCGACAAACCGGCGCGUUCAUCCCAAAAACAGGAUGGGAUUUGACGGACGCAGACGAUCCAAUUUGUCUUGGAAUAAUCGACGGAAUCGUAGGAAAAUUGGAGCACAGUGCCGUGUUCGAUCCCCGCCUUUUACUGAUUAAAGAAAGUGUCCCGGUGGGAAAAUUGCACGGCGACAAUCAAGUCUACAAAAUUAAAACCGUUGUAUUUCUGCCGCUCGGCUCAGAGAACGUCGAAUUGAGCCUGAACGUUUGUCACAAACAUAAAACACUCGCCAGAAAAAACACAACGACCAACUCGCUGUUUGAUAUACAGAAAAAUGCGGCGUUUACGAAAACAUGGGGUACACUAAAAAGUGCAGGCAAUACCAUAAAAAACACGACGCAACAAGCCGCUGCCAUCGCCACAGGAACGCCGAAACGUCGCGACUUCAAAGACAAAGAACGUUUUGAAAAGCAAAUAAUCGAGGAAUUUUACAGAAUCUUCAACGACACCAACUCCUUCUAUUACUCCAAAACGACCGAUCUGACUAAUUCAUUGCAACGACUGUGCAAUUUAGAAAAAGAAGACCUGAUUGAUCCAAAUGCACUGUGGAAAACCGUCGACGAUCGGUUCUUUUGGAACAAAUAUAUGCUGAAAGAUCUGAUUGAUUUGAAUAAUCCCUUAUGCGAUCCGUGGAUUCUGCCUGUGAUUCAGGGUUACAUUCAGAUCGAGGAUUGUAGAGUCGAGGUAUUUCCAGACGUUCCCGGAAUGGAGAAUAAUUUUGAGGUGUUCAAAUUAUGUAUUUUGUCCAGGAGGAGUCGAUUUAGGGCCGGAACUAGAUAUAAAAGAAGAGGCGUCAAUGAGAAUGGGGAAGUGGCCAAUUACGUGGAAACUGAACAGUUGAUCGCCUACCAAACUCACGAGGUCUCUUUCGUGCAAGUACGAGGAUCUGUUCCUGUUUAUUGGUCGCAACCCGGAUAUAAAUACAGACCUCCUCCCAGAAUAGACAGAGGUGAAUCCGAGACGAAUGUAGCUUUCGAAAAACAUUUCACUAAUGAAAUACAAAAGUACGGUCCCAUUUGUGCUGUAAACCUCAUCGAUCAAACAGGAAAAGAAAAGAUCAUUUUCGACGCAUAUUCGCAACACAUUUUGAACUUGAAUAGUCCCUUUUUAACUUACGUUACGUUCGACUUUCAUGAAUACUGUCGAGGAAUGCAUUUUGAAAAUGUGUCAAUUUUCAUAAAUGCAGUGGCCGAUAUUUUAAAGGAUAUGAAUUAUUGCUGGAGAGACAGACAGGGACACAUUUGUUCUCAAAACGGAGUUUUCCGAGUUAAUUGUAUCGAUUGUCUGGAUAGAACAAAUGUCGUUCAAACUGCUUUAGGAAAAGCUGUGAUGGAAAUACAGUUUUGCAAAUUAGGAUUAAUUUCUCCUGAAGGUACAAUGCCAAACAAUAUUAAAAGUACCUUCCAAUUACUGUGGGCAAACAACGGAGAUACUAUUAGCAAACAAUAUGCUGGAACAAACGCUUUAAAGGGUGAUUACACAAGAACGGGAGAACGAAAGUUCACGGGGAUCAUGAAAGACGGAAUGAACUCCGCAAACAGAUACUACAAGAACCACUUUAAAGACUCGAUGCGACAAAGCUGUCUGGACAUUAUGACCGGCAACAGACUGCACGCGAUCGAAACGAAGAACAUUUGGUCGGAUUUCAGAACGACGGGCGCGAUAGCUUACGACAACUUGCCACAAAAGACGCCCUCGCUUGGGCCCCAUUUGGCACUGCAACAAGAGUUCGCGUUAGCUAAUCUUUUAUAUCACAUGACCAGGUACUACUUGAGUCGCUUUAAAGAUACGACGAGGCAAGGAACAAUCGACCUGAUGUUAGGAAACUGCGUAACAGAAGACGUCUUCAAUGAAUCGAAAGCUGUCCAGUGUGACGAGGACAGUGCCCUAACAGCUGAACACGUAAAACUAGUAAUCGAAGAUUGUAAAAAAAUGUUAAUAAACCAACCCGAAUGCGUUGUCGGUGCGUGGGGAUUAAUAAACGCCGAUCCUUCAACAGGAGAUCCAAGUGAAACUGAAAUGGACUCCAUACUUAUUUUGACCAAGAAUUCGUAUUUCGUCGCUGACUAUGAUGAUCAGGUUGACAAAGUGACUAAAUAUCAGGAGGUGAGACUGGAAGACUUGACUUUGUUGGAGUGUGGGAUGCCGGAAACGAAUCUGUUCAAGUUAACCAAGAAUCGAUUUUGUAUUAGGUUGAAUUAUAAAGUCGACGGAGUUGGUGGUUAUUAUCACAUGUUCAGGUCGACUCCUCUGAGAUUUUUUAAUAACAUGGCUGUUGCUAUCAAUAACGAGGAGGAAGAAAUUGAGUCAUUAAAGGCAAUAUGCGAGUCAUUUCAAGUGGCGAUGGCCAUUUCAAAUCUUCCUCCAAUUCCCUAUAGGCAGGGUCAAGCUUUGGACAGAAGAAAGUCAAAAAUCAUCAACACGGGAACAACCAGCAACAGUAUUUACUUAGAUAUUGUCGGUUUGCCUCAAAUGACCAGAAACGUUUCCGAAACACAACUAUUGGCCCUAAAAAGUGUUGGUACAAAAGCGAUAACAAACAUGACCCAACAAUUUUCAAAAUUGAAUAAGAUCUCGAGCACCUUCAAACCCAAACCUAAAUCAAGGGCGAACUUCACAAUAGGCGUACAAAACAAAACGGAAACAUCCAGCGAUUCGGAGGAUGAAUAUGAAAAUUCGAUCUUCCAGCCAAACGAAUCAACAGAAAGCGGCGCUUCUUUACACUACGCGACUGAUUCGAGUUCGAACAGUGGCGACAGAAGCAGAUCUAUAGAACAGGCUUUCGAAGCUACCGAAGAUUCGGUACUUAGUUCCAGCGCAGAGUGUUUUAUGCCCGGAGUCGGUAUAGUUAUGGGGAAUCCGGACAGCAAAGAAGGGAUGUUGCAGAGGCAAGAUUCUAAAAGGAUCGACGCCUCACAAGUUGACGACGUGCAGCUGAGCAGCAUCAUGCAGAACGUUUCGAUUGCUCCGGUUAUUAAAAUCAAUUCGGAAACUCAAGAAGUUGAGAAGAAACAGCCACCCACAACCUUAAAGCUGGACAGGAAGUUCAGCCAUUCCUCCGGAGAAGUGGACGAAACGAAAGACGAGAGCACGGUGAAAUUCGAACGUUCCAAUUCCGAUUUCGAGAUGACUUGCACCGCCAAUAUCUCCCAGAGUCAAUCCGAAUCAGCAUUGAAAAGUAAACUGGCUAACAUUGCGAGUCCGGUGUCGAGCGCUACCAAAGACCUAGUCUUGUCACCGUUCAGUAAACUGGCUAAAGGGAUGCAGAAUCUGGGAGCAAACUUAGAUCCCAGAAAGCUGGGACAAAACCGGCAAAUCUCUGAAAAAGAAAUCGAAGAGCACAGGAAACUAUUGGAGAAAUGGAAGGAUAGCAAAAGGCUUUUAGAUUGUAUUACGUCCAAGUUGAAACGUCCAUUGGGAAUAAAAAUCUUGAGAAGCGCAAAAAAACCUCCAAAACAACUUGCUUUGAAGCUGUAAACUCUGAAUUGAAUUAACUAAAUACCAAUCGAUACAAACCUGUUCAUUUAAAACAUCCUCUGAAAAAUAAACAAAGUUAC